GAGAAAGCCGAACCGAAAUCCCGCGAGGACCCUCUCGGGUUGUCUCAAGGAAGGUGGAACAUUUCUCUUUCGGAGGCGGGCUCCUCGGGGGACCGGACCGGAAGUGACGCGAGUGAGUUCCGGUUGGCCGGAGCCCAGCGGCGGGUGUGAGAGUCGGUGCUGGGAGCCGCUUCCAGGAUCCUGAGAUCCGGAGAAGCCGGGGUCUGAGCGGAGUUACUGAUCUAUGAAAUGGCAGAGAAUGGAAAAAAUUGUGACCAGAGACGUGUAGCAAUGAGUAAGGAGCAACACAAUGGGAGUUUCCCAGACCCCUCUUCCGUACAUGAAAAGAAGAGAAGGGAUCGGGAAGAAAGACAGAACAUUGUCCUGUGGAGGCAGCCACUCACUACCUUGCAGUAUUUUUCUCUGGAAACUCUUGUAGUUUUGAAGGAAUGGACCUCAAAGCUAUGGCAUCGUCAAAGCAUUGUGUUGACUUCUUUACUGCUGCUUGCUGUGCUUAUAGCUACGUAUUAUGUGGAAGGAGCCCACCAACAGUAUGUGCAGCGGAUAGAGAAGCAGUUCCUGUUGUAUGCCUACUGGAUAGGCUUGGGGAUUCUGUCCUCGGUUGGGCUUGGAACAGGAUUGCACACCUUUCUGCUUUAUCUGGGCCCACAUAUCGCUUCAGUUACAUUAGCUGCUUAUGAAUGCAAUUCAGUUAAUUUCCCUGAGCCACCCUAUCCUGACCAGAUUAUCUGUCCAGAUGAAGAAGGCACUGAAGGAACUGUUUCUUUAUGGAGUAUCAUCUCAAAAGUCAGAAUUGAGGCCUGCAUGUGGGGUAUUGGUACGCCAUGGGAGCUGCCACCGUAUUUCAUGGCCAGGGCAGCUCGUCUUUCAGGAACUGAACCAGAUGAUGAAGAGUACCAGGAAUUGUGAGAUAUGCUGGAACAUGCAGAGGGUGCACAGGACUUUGCAUCACGGGCAAAACUGGCAGUUCAAAACCUAGUACAGAAAGUUGGAUUUUUUGGAAUUUUGGCCUGUGCUUCUAUUCCAAAUCCCCUGUUUGACCUGGCUGGAAUAACAUGCGGACACUUCCUUGUACCGUUCUGGACCUUCUUUGGUGCAACCCUGAUUGGAAAAGCAAUCAUUAAAAUGCAUAUCCAGAAAAUCUUUGUUAUAAUAACUUUCAGCAAGCACAUUGUGGAGCAGAUGGUGGCUUUCAUUGGUGCUGUCCCCGGCAUAGGUCCGUCUCUGCAGAAACCUUUUCAGGAGUACCUGGAGGCGCAGCGGCAGAAGCUCCACCACCGAACUGAAGUGGGCAGCCCACAGGGAGAAAACUGGUUGUCCUGGAUGUUUGAGAAGCUGGUCGUGGUCAUGGUGUGUUACUUUAUCCUGUCUAUCAUUAACUCCAUGGCACAAAGUUACGCCAAACGAGUCCAGCAGCGCUUGAACUCAGAGGAGAAAACUAAAUAAGCAGAGAAAGUUUUUUUCUCCAUAAGUUAGCAUGGAGGGGUCCUGCUUCACACUGGGAGAGCUUUAACCAGGAAGGAAGAUCCCCUUUUCCAGCUUGUAUUGAUUUUUAAAACAUUCUUCCUGAAGCAGUUUAGUCCGUAUUUGACACUGACACACUUUUCCUUAUGUGUUAAGGUAAGGUCUCCACCCUCUGUCCAGUCCACGUUGUAUUUCCUUAGGGUGGAUGCGAUGCUAUGCUGCAGACUCAACAACAAUUGCCCUUCUGUUCUUUCAAAGGGCCCACUUGGUACAAUUGGAGAACUCCUGCCACGCUAAACGUUCUAAAGUACGUUAAAUAUGACAGGCUUUUUAGGCUUGUCACAAAUGAUUGUUUUUUUCUAAGUCAUCAAAUGUAUAUAAGUUAUAUAUAUUGGAUAGCAGUUUUGCAUGUCUAUCAUGGAACAAUUUAAUAUGCCUUCCUUUCCCACCCUCAAAAAAGGCCAUUUUAUGAUGCAUUGCACACCCUCUGGGGAAAUUGAUCUUUAAAUUUUGAGACAGGUAUAAGGAAAAUCUGGUUGGUGUCUCACAAAUGAGUACACUAUUUUUUAUUCUGUAUAUUUAGAAUGAAGUCGUGAAAAACUUUAUAAAGACAUCUUUGAUCAUUCCGAAA